AUGACGGCAACAACAAGUGAGAGUGACGGCCCAACAACGAUUGGCUUGAACUUGAUAGUGGAUGCUACAUGUAGUAGUACUGGUACUAGUAGUGGUGGUGGUAGUACGAAGAAGAAGAGGAAGCGUGUGAACAAGUACGAACGAAGACGUCGCAAAGCCGCCAACGCCAAGAGACCAAAAUUAGAAGAUGAAGAUGAUGAUCAACAAGAAGAAGAUGAGCAACAAGAAGAGUUAGUAGCACCAGCACCAGCACCAGCACCAGCACCAUCAGAACAAGAUGUAGUACAACAACAACAUCAACAUGAAUUAUCCGAAAAGGAAAAAGAACACGCGGCUUAUAUGGCGGAGUAUCAUGCCCGACCGUUGGAAUUGGAUCGUCGCAGUGGCGCCCAAAGAGUCAAGAAAUUGGACAAGAAGAGCAAAAAGAAGUUCCAAAGUGAAUCCAACAAGUCGUCUACGGGCAGUCACGUAUUUUCCCAAACCACCAGUUGGACUAGUCUAGUAGAAGCAGACGGGUGUUUAUUGUCAUUCAAUAAUUAUUCCAAAAAAUUGGUCACUCUGCUCACAAAGCAAUAUUCCAAACCUACCAAGAUUCAAGUGCAAGUUCUUCAACAAUCUCAACAGCAUGACAAUAAGAACAAGAAUCUCUGGAUCCAAUCGGAAACUGGUUCUGGAAAGACACUGGCGUAUUUGUUGCCCAUUCUUCAGUCUCUCCUCCUGCAACUACAAACUAGUAGUAGUCAAAACAAAAAAAACAAUAAUCGACAAUCCCUUGGCACUCAAUGCAUCAUUGUCUGUCCGACGCAAGAAUUGGUUCAACAAACGUUUCGAGUCUGCGAUGCCUUGACGACUCAAUUGUGUGCCGGUCAAAUCGUUGUCGGAUCAUUGCAAGCACAAACAUCCCGCUCUAAAGAAAAGGCACGCAUUCGCAAAGGAUUGGCCAUUCUCGUGGCAACUCCAGGUCGAUUAUUGGAUCAUCUCCAAACGACAUGUGCACUGCAAUCGGCCAUUUCCAACAAUAACCUCAAGUGGCUGGUACUGGAUGAAGUCGAUCGACUCUUUGACAUGGGAUUGGCACCCCAAUUAACCAAAGUCAUUGAUCAACUCAAAAUCCAUUCUGCCAAACUACGACUUGCCACGUUGGUCGCAUUUUUGACCGAUCGAGUCAUGGCAGGAGAACGAACAAUUGUCUUUUUCAGUACGUGUGCCAGUGUCGACUAUUACCAUCAAUUAUUCACCACUGUCGAUUCCAUUCUACCAAACAACAACACGUCGUCAGGAGGUCUGUUUGGUAACGUCGCGCGUAUCGACAAGUUGCAUGGCAAUGUCCCACAAAAACAACGUCAUGCCGUCUUGUCAACGUUUCAACAACAACAACAACACUCGACGCAUAACAAUGUAGCCCGCAUUUUAUUGGCGACCGAUGUGGCCGCACGAGGACUCAAUUUGCAUGCCGAUUGGACCGUUCAAUACGAUCCACCCUGUGAAAUUGCCGAUUACAUUCAUCGGGCAGGACGAGUGGCACGAGCGGGGAAAAUGGGACAGUCUCUCCUAUUUUUAUUGCCGUCGGAAAAGUCCUUGUUGCCCAUUUUGCAACUCAAGCAGCAACAGAAUGCGACGACAAAGAAAGAUCUCAUGCCGGCACUCUCACUCACGUCCACCUUGCAACAAGCGGCCAAACUAUGUCCUCAUCUCGCCAACAAGGGAAUGCAACGCAAUGGAAUGAGAGCCAAGGCAAUGGCCACUACCACAACAACAACAACAACGACUACGACAGCACAAGACGAAGAAUCUACUUCCAACAGCAAUAAUGACAAUGGUCGUCAUGGAUCUAGACUCGGAGAAGCGUUUUGCUCCGAGCUGCAGUAUCGACUUGAAGAAUGUGUCUUGGAACAAUCGCGACUGGCACAAGCGGCCAUUAAGGAUGCCAACAACAAGAACAAGAACAAGAAAAAGACUUUUCAAAAGAUUGCUGUGGCCGACAUGACACUGCUCGAUUGUGCCCGCGCCGCCUUUUUGUCUCAUAUGCGAGCGUAUCCCACCAAAGAAAAGUUGGUACGACACAUUUUCUCGGCGCGGGCACUGCAUUUGGGACACAUUGCCAAAUCGUUUGCAUUGCGAGAACCACCCAAAACGUUGGUUGCAAACAGUCGUCGCGUCGAAUCGAAAUCGAGGAAACAACAACAACAACCGGAUGACGAGGCACGCACCAAUGGCACGGCUCGAAAACGAGCCCUGCUCAUGGCCAAUGCCGCCAAACUGCAAAUGGGAGGAAUGGAUGACUUUUAA